AUGAAGUUAUACCAGAGGGAAGUUAUUGUUGAGGAAGGUGUUACAAUGUUGGCUUCCAACUUUUAUGGAAGUAAAAAAAAAUCUGAUAGAAAUGAAAGUUCCAAUUCUGAAGAAGAACUGUCUUCUGAAGAAGACACUUCUAAAGAAGACACUUCUGAUGAUGAAUAUAUUCAUUCAGAAACAGGAAGCAGUUUUUCAAAUGAAGAGUCUCUCCAUGAUGAUUCUGAAAAUCAAAUCACUGAAGAAGAGCAAGAAAAUGAGGAAGAAAAUGAGGAAGAAAUUUUGAAUGAAGACACAACUCCACCAAAAGCUGUGUGGAUAAAAGUGACUAAGAAAGCUCGACAACAUGAAUUUACUGGGGAAGAAGAACUUUGUGUAACUGUGCAUCCAUCGUCUACAGAUAACCAAAUUUGGCCUAUCGAUGUUUAUAAACAAAUAAUUACUGAUGAUAUUAUAAAUCUAAUUGUUCAAGAAACCAAUCGAUAUGCUGAGCAGAAAAUUUCUUCGGUUACUGUAACAAGAAGAUCGAAAUUACGGCAGUGGGUCCCUACAAAUAACGAAGAAAUUGAAAAGUUUAUUGGACUUAUCAUUUACAUGAGAUUGGUUCCAUUCCCUGAGAUCCAAUUAUAUUGGUCAAAAAGCAUCCUUUAUAAGAAUGAAAUUGUUCCCAAAACAAUGAGUAGAGACCGCUUCCUCUUGCUCUUGCAAAUGUUACAUUUUUGCAACAAUGAAGAACCUAAUGUGGGAAGAGAUUGGAAAAUAAGAAAAUUACUAGAUUUGAUUUUGGUGCAGUAUCAAUCAAUCUAUAAAUCAGGAUCUGAUGUUAUAAUUGAUGAGAGUAUGGUGCCUUUCAGAGGCCGUGUCAUUUUCAGACAGUACAUCCCUGGAAAGAGCCAUAAGUAUGGAUGCAAACUGUUCAAACUUUGCACUCCUGAUGAAUACAUUCUAAACAUGGAGUUAUAUACUGGUGUAGGAGUAGCUACUCCACCUCUAAGUAAGACUGAAUCUCUUGUAGUAAGACUCCUUGCAAAUCAUAUGGAUAUGGGAGUGACUUUGUUUGCAGAUAAUUACUAUAUCUCCAGUUUCUUAGGAGAGUAUCUUCUUCAGCGGAAAACUUACCUAUGUGGCACAGUAAGAGUCAAUAGAAAGUAUCUUCCAAAGUCAGUUACAAAAGCAAAACUAAUGAGAGGUGAAAUUAAAGCCUUAGAAAAUGAGAAUGGAGUGAAAGUAUUCAAUUGGAAAGAUAAAAGAUAUGUUGUGACUCUAUCAACAGUUCCAGAACAUGAUGAUACGCUAAUCAACACAGUACUGGGAGGCGCGGUCGAGUUCCUGAUGAGUGUCCUGCCAGGUCGAGCAGUGGGAGAGGGCUCUGACGAAGGCCCUAACAGUCGUGCUUUUGAAUCUGGCGGGGCACUCGCUGUCACCAUUGAGGCAAAGUCCUAG